AUGAUCGAGCCGUUUGGGGAGGCUAGCGCAAUGCGCCAGCCGUGGCUCACCCCCAGAUCAAGGCCAGGCGGAGGGACGAAGGAUGCCUCAAUCUCGAGCCGCGGCCAGCCGUCGGCAUCCGCUGUGACUGCCGCUUUGGCGGAGAGAAUAGGAGGAGUCGGGUGCCCAUUUCCGAGCACGCUGUCUGAGCCGCCGCCGCAUCCCGGCCCACCGCCACCGCCGCUGCCGCCGCCGCCGAGCCUCGUCGGCACGCUCUCGGCGCUCUCGCUCGCUGCGAGCACCGGCGUCGGCCUGGUCGCACAGAAUGGCAUCAACACGAACCUUCGGCUACACGCGCUGCCCGAUCCGUUCGUCACGGCGUGCGCCUCCUUCACCGUCGGCCUGCUCACCAUCUCGGCGCUGGCUGCCGCCGAGGCGGCGGCGAUGGGCGGCGGCUCGCGGUCGGCGGCCGCCGCCGCGCUGCGCGGCGCGCCCUGGUACGCCUUCACGGGCGGCCUGCUCGGGCCGUGCUACGUCGUCGGCGCCGUCCUGCUCUCGCGCGAGCUCGGCUUUGCAACCUUCCAACUGAAGCUCGCCGCACUCGCGUUGCUCGCCUGCGGCACAGGCCUCACCGCGGGACGCGUCUCCGCCGACGCCGAGUGGUGGGCGCUGCUGCUGCUCUGCCUCGGCGCCGCCGGCGCGGGCACCAUCUUCCCGCUGCAGGCGUGCGUCAACGACGUGCUCCGCUCGCACCUCGGCACGCCCUUCCGCGCGACGGCCGUCUCGUUCGCCGUCGGCGCCGUCGCGCUCGCCGCCGUCUCCGCCGUGGCGGCGCGGGUGUGGGAGCUCGUGCGCCACGUCGCGCGCGGCCUCUCGCACAUCCACGCGCACGGCGUGAUCCACUGCGACAUCAAGCCGGACAACAUCCUGCUGUCGUCGGACGGCGUCUUCAAGAUCGGGGACCUCGGCCAGGCGGCGGCGCUCAAGGCGUGGAACGAGCAGGAGGGGGACGCAAAGUACCUCUCGCGCGACCUGCUCGAGUCGAAGCCCUCCACCGCCGCGGACAUCUUCUCCUUCGGCAUGGUGCUGUACGAGGUGCGGACAGCAGAGAGCCUGCCUGGCUCGGGGCCGCGCUGGGACGAGCUGCGGUCGGGGUCGGUGCCGCCGCCGGCCGACUGCGGCGCCGAGAUGGGGCGCCUGCUGCGGAGCAUGAUGAGCCCGCAGCCAGAGGCGCGCCCCUCCGCCGACGGCAUCCUUGAUUCGUGCUGUGCGGCUGCCGCCGCCGCCGCCGCAGACCGGUGCGUAGCGGCGGCGAUGGGAUAG